AACAGUACUCUGUAUCCAAGUUGCCUCCCCAUUUCUAUGUCUUCCCCACCCCACCCCCUGUAACAAUUCCUCCAUAAAGUAAAAAAAAAUCACAUAGUAAUACCAUAUAAUCAAAUUUUCCACACACAAAAAAAAAACAAAACAAACACAUAAACAUAGAGAGAGAAUUUCAAGCACCAGCUAGUUCUGGGUUUCACAAUGCAGAUUAGAACUGUGCAAGUUCGCAACCUUUCAGAUCUAGCCAGUGAAAGAGAGAUUCACGAGUUCUUCUCGUUUUCUGGCGAUAUAGAACACAUUGAGAUCCGUGGUGAUUCAGGGCAACCGAGGACUGCGUUCGUUACUUUCAAAGAUCCAAAAGCCCUUGAAAUUGCAUUGUUGUUAUCGGGAGCAACUAUUGUGGACCAAAUUGUUGGUGUAAGUGCUGCAGAGAACUAUGUACCGAAGGCCGAGACUAGGGAAGUAAUGAUAGUGGACAAUGUCGCGAACUUGGGUUCUGAGAAUAGUUCACCAAAUACUGAGGCAAAAGCUAGUUCUCCCAGAAAUGGAAGCGUGUAUGUAAACAAAGCUCAAGUUGUUGUUUCCAGUAUGCUGGCAAAAGGUUCAGCUAUCAAACAAGAUGCUGUGAACAAGGCUAAAGCAUUUGACGAGAAGCACCAGUUCAGAGCCAAUGCAUCUGCCAAAGUCAUUUCCCUCGACAGGAGAGUUGGGCUUACGGAGAAACUAACAGUUGGAAUUUCAGUUGUGAAUGAGAAAAUGAAGACUGUGGACCAAAAGCUUCAGGUGUCAGAUAAAACAAUUGCAGCAUUGAUGGCGGCAGAGAGGAAACUAAAUAACACAGGAUCAGCUGUCAAAUCGAGCAAGUAUGUGACCGCAGGAACAACUUGGUUGAAUGGUGCUUUUGGUAAAGUGGCCAGGGCUGGGCAGGUUGCUGGCACAAAAACAAGAGAGAAAUGGAAUUUAGCCAAAUCAAAUUUGACUGCAAAGGAUCCUCCAAUAGCUGUAUAAAAGAUUGAGCAAUUUUCUCCUACCGACAUAAUUGUGUACCUUGUUUCUUCGAUUGAAACUAUGAUAUUUGUAAUCUGAAGCUGUAACAUUCCUGUCCGAGUGGACAAAUUCUGCAAACCUGAGUGCCCUUUUGCCUCGAAAGUCGAAAUUUAUCUUUCUUUCUUUCUUUCUUUCCUUUUUGUGGUUAGCUAUGUAAUUUAUUUGUCAGUUCAUUUCAUUCUUUCUGCAAUAUUCGUGUAACAUUGGCUUUCUUAUUGUAAUCAAAUGAAAUGCUAUGAAAAA